CGGCUAACGUUAUCCUCCGCCGCUUCUCCCUAAUAACCUUCGCUCGCUCCUCCACUCUCUCGCUUCCGGACAGUAACAGUAAUGGAUCUGUUGACCUCUUCCUCCGUUCCCCUUCGUAGCCCCUUUCGAACCGCCAUUAGCGACUCCCACCCUUGUCGCUGCCUCCUCCUCCCUCUUCGACGAACGCCUCCCGCCGCCAUUUCUUCCUUUGCUAUCCCCACUGCGCCGCGUAGACACCGCCACCGUGCUCGGACUCGGUCCCUCCAUGCCGCCCCCGCCAGGCGCACCCACCGCCCGUCCGACCCCGCCAACGACCGUCUCCGCCGCGUCGUUCGGCUCGGCGAGCUCGACGAGGGCCUUCGCCUCCUCGAGGCCAUGCCCGGCCGCGGCGAGGUCCCCGAUAUCAUCCCCUGCACCAGUCUCAUCCGCGGCUUCUGCCGCCUCGGCCGCACCCGCAGCGCCGCCCGCGUCCUCGACCUCCUCGAGUCCUCCGGCGCCGCCCCCGACGUCAUCACCUACAACGUCAUGAUCGCGGGGUACUGCAAGUCCGGCGUGCCCGACGCCGCUCUCCGCCUCCUCCGCCGCAUGACCGUCCCGCCCGACGUCGUUACCUACAACACCAUCUUUCAGUCUCUCUGCGAGCGGGGCCGCCUCACGAAGGCGCUCGAGUUGCUCGACAGUAUGCUUCAGCGGGGCUGCGCUCCUGACGUCUUCACCUACACCAUUCUAAUUGAGGCCGCCUGUAAGGAGAGCGGCGUCGGGCAGGCGAUGAAGCUCCUGGAUGAGAUGCGGGCCAAGGGAUGCACCCCGGAUGUGGUCACGUACAACGUCCUCAUAAAUGGGAUCUGCAAGGAGGGUAGGCUGGAUGAGGCGAUCGAGUUCUUGAGUGGCAUGCAGUCGUACGGCUGCAAUCCGAAUGUCAUAUCCCAUAACAUUAUCCUGAGGAGCAUGUGCAGCACAGGCCGGUGGAUGGACGCCGAGAAGCUGUUGGCAGAUAUGAUCCACAAGGGUUGCUCGCCAAGUGUCGUGACCUUCAACAUCCUUAUCAACUUCUUGUGCCGGAAAGGGCUGUUGGCCCGUGCCAUCGAUGUGUUGGAGAAGAUGCCCGAGCAUGGGUGCAUGCCCAAUUCGAUGAGCUAUAACCCGGUGCUUCACGGGUUCUGCAAGGAGAAGAAGAUGGACAGAGCACUAGAGUACUUGGAUAAAAUGGUCUCGAGAGGGUGUUACCCAGAUAUAGUGACAUAUAACACUUUGCUUACUGCAUUGUGCAAGGAUGGCAAGGUUGAGGUUGCUCUCGAGAUGCUUCAGCAACUAGGAGGCAAGGGAUGUUCCCCUGUCUUGAUUACAUAUAACACGGUCAUCGAUGGACUGUCGAAGGUUGGGAAUACAUCGAAAGCACUGGAGCUUUUGAAGGAGAUGAUGCAGAAGGGGCUUCAUCCCGACGUAAUUACUUAUUCCUCACUAGUUGCUGGUCUUAGUAGAGAAGGUAGAAUCAAUGAAGCAAUCAACAUAUUUCAGGACUUGCAGAAGAUGGGGACCAGACCCAAUGCCAAUAUAUACAACUCGAUCAUUUUGGGACUUUGUAAAGCUCAGCAGACGGUUCGAGCUAUCGAUUUCUUUGCUUAUAUGGUUUCGAACGGGUGCAUGCCUACUGAAUCAACCUACACUAUCCUUAUCGAGGGAUUAGCUUAUGAAGGAAUGACCACUGAGGCUUUGGAGUUACUUGGUGAAUUAUGUUCUAGAGGAGUCGUCAAGAAGAACAACUCCAUGGAAAAUGUGGUUGCGAAAAUAUAGAUCAAAGGCUGCAACUUGAUCAUCCUUGGCCAUAGCAAGCUUUGUCAAGAUGAGAUUUGGGUAAAGGAGUGUGGACCUCUUCAUUUUCACCUGACAACCUCGGUGUUGUGUUUUUGACUGGAGUAAAACAGGUUCCAUGAGAGCCUAAUGCUGAAAUCAAUUUUCAGAAUGACUGUCCAACUUGAGUGAUUGAAGUUCCAGGGCUACAAACUUUCUGAUACAAGUACAGUUCUAACUCAUUCUGGUAUGACAACUAUCCUCUUGUAAGGAAAAGUUGUCUUGCUAGCUUGAUUUGGUUCAUUAAAGAUAGGUGGAUAGUGGUAUUACUAUUUGCGUACUGAUAUGUUGCUCUACCUUCUCCAUUUCCUAUUUUGUCAUGUAUUAUUAAUCUGUCUUCAGCCUACCAUUACUUACAUCAUGAUGGCAGAGGGAUCUUUGAUCACUUUGGGGAAAAAGGUCUAAAUUAUUGUGAAACCUGUUUGUUAAAUUCUGGAUGUAAAGUAUUGUGUCAUUCUAGAUGUAAAACCUUUAUCUUAUUGCAUACUUUUGUUAAGAG